AUGAAGGAGCAUGAGAGACCCAAGUCGAGCAUUGGGUCAGUGAAGAUUGAAGAGUUCCAUGGUGAGAGAAAGAAGUUCCGUGCUUGGCGGCGUGCCUCGGAAGCCCAAGAGCACUUGUAUAAGCUGGAGUCUUCUGAGCUGGCUAUGCUGCUGUACUUGAGCACCCGGGGCGAGGCACGGGACACCCUGGACCAGAGGCCCCUCAGUGACUACACGGCUCCAGGUGGUUUGGUGGUCAUGUGGGCCUUGCUGGAGGAAACGUUUGGGGAGUCGAAUGCGGAAAGCUUUGAGCGUGCGGAGAAGGAGCUCUCGGCAUACAGGCGGCUCCCUGGCCAGUCGGUGGCCAGCUUCGUUGCUGGCAUGAAGCGCCUGAGGAUGAACUAUACCGUAGAGGACCCCGACAGCACUUGGAGUAACAAAGCCUGGGCCCAGCGACUCCUGAACCGGGCCGGGCUGACUCGACGUGACCGCUUGGAUGUCUUCUACAGCGCCGGCGGCUGCUACGACACGGAUGCCAUCGAGCGUGCCCUGAGGCACCGGUGCUCCCAUGUUCAUGAGGAAGAGCGCCGGGUCCCUUUCUCGUCGCGGUCGUCUCGCUCAACCCGUUCCGUGGGAUCCUCGGCGGCCUCAACCGCUUCCGGUUCUACGGCCUCUUCCCUGCGGACCCGGAGUACCAGGAAGCAUGGUGUACAUGUGGCAGGCCAGCAAACCAUUGAGGAGGAUGACGGCGAGAACGUGGACGAUGAGGACUUGGAGCAAGAGGAGAUUGACCCAGAGCCCCUUGAGUAUGAAGAGGCGGACCAGAAUGAGCCAGACGACGGGGAUGGUGACCAGGACUCUGGCGAGGAGGCGGUGGACGUUUUUGAAGCCUUCCAAGCCGGGUGGCAGGCAAAGUCCAAGGCCGGAGGCAAGAAGAAGGCCCGAGGUUUCAGGACGGCACCCUCUGGUGGUGAUCGUGGUGGCGCCGGUGGGGCUGGAAAGGUUGCCUUGGCCCAGAAGAAGAAGAGCUCAACGUGUGCUAGUUGCGGGGCCAAGGGCCACUGGCGUGGUGAUGCGGAGUGCCCGAAUGUUCAGUCCGGCCGUGAUGCGCCCCAUCGACCUGGUGGCACUGGCGGCGGCAAUGGCACGAAUGAGGUGAACUUUGUGAACUUUACGUUCAUGGUGGGCUCUCUUAGUGAGUGUCCGAAUUGCGGCCACUUUUGCGAGGAAUCUGCUGCCUUUUGUGCCAAGUGUGGCACCCGGCUGAGCAAGAGGGGCUGGACUGUGGUGAAUGAGCCGGAGCCGGGAACUUUGCCGAGCGCCGGGCCGUCACCAAAUCCUGACGGCACUCGCCCCAUGCGCUUGGAAUUGCCGAAAGCCAAGAAGGUUCGCCUGAAGCCGGUCGAGGUGCUCGGUGCCGUCGACCAAUUGUCGAGAGAGGAGAAGAAGGCCCUUAAGAUGCUUCUCCAAGAAGAGGAGGAGGUGGAAGCAGCUUGGGCCUCUCUAUCCUCCCAGCGGCCUUUUGUCUCGGAGUCUGGUGCUGCUGCCCGGGGUUCCAAUGACUUUGUGCCUCCUUUGCGGGUGACGGCCCAGCCUGAGUACGAGGACCUUGGCCGCCACCGAGACCGAGACCAAUUUCCACUGCGACCUCGGGACGCCCCACGGCCGCCGGCAGCCAAGGACGCUGAGGGCCGGGACAAAGCCAAGGCGGUGAAGCAGAAGGAGCUUGAUGAUUUCCGACAUGACUUGUAUGCCCGCCAGCUGCAAGACCGCCGGUGCAUACCUAGCCAGGCUGCCCCUAGGCCCAACGAGAAGCAAGCGCGGUGCCGGCAUCUUUUUGGUGAUCUCCUGUGGACCGCCAAUCAGCAUGGGCAUUUUGCCCGGUGUGCCAAAUGUGACCUGAAGCACGUGAUCUACUACAGUGUGCGCCAUGGUGUGCUGAUGGUGAACCAAGGACCACCUGCCAGUGAGAAUCCCGAACCUCCUGCUGAUGAUGGCCCUGUUUGGUCGCCGGGAUUGGCUGUUGCCGACACCGGCUGCAGAACAGCAGUGGGGGGAGCAAGGUGGCAUGAAGCCUUGCAGAGCGAGCUCCGGAAUCGUGGUGUGUCCUGGCAGACGGUUCGAGAGCGGGAGGUGUUCCAGUUUGGCAGUGGUCCCCCGGUCGUCUCGCAGCGGGCCUUCCUGUAUCCAGUGGCCCUGGUGCCGGGCCAAGUGGACGUGCUGCGCAUGUCGGAGGGUUCUGGUGCGGCUGCCUCGUGCCCUGGGCUUGUUGGUCCUAGUGAGCUGGCCAGGUGGUCUGUCCAGUUCGAGUUUCGGACCAGGGAGCUGGUGAUCAUGGGCCACCGUCAGCCCAUGCAACUCACCGACACGAGAUCCUUGGAAGGAGCAUGGAGUGUUGGAGCAGGCCAAGCUAGCCUGGCCUUUGUGACUGGUACCGGCGGCGGUGUGGAUGAAGCGCCUUCCUCGGCAAGUUCGGUUUUGUCGGCGGAUGCCCCGGAGGAGCUAGAUCAAGGCGAGGACCCCCGGCAUUGGAGACGGCAUCACCGCCAGCACCGAGAGCAGGAGUGGCUAGACUUUCUGCAGGACGACCUGGGCGUGCGCGUGAUUGACGACCAUCGGCUUCUACGUGACCGGCCUUCGGCAGAUGAUGCAGACGGGGACAGCGCGGCCUCAACCGAGCUUCGUCCUGACUUUGAGGAGGACAGGGCUUCCGUUACAUCACACGAGUUCGGUGUGGAGCUUGUGACGUCGGGCUCGGAUACUGGGAGUGAGGAGCCGGAGGUGCCGAUUCAGGAGAACCACUCGACGCACUUCUUGCACAAAGGCAAACGCCUGAAUCAGGCCUCCCGGCUUGUUCGUGAAGUGGCGGCCUCACCUCAGCGGGUUUUGACCUCAUCUCCUGCCUCCCGUUCCCUACGAUCACAGCGCCCAGCCGCACGACAGCCAGGCCCAUGGCGUGUGCUCGAAGUGUUCGUGUGCAGCAUGACUGUUAGCCUCCUGGCCGCGGCCCAGGGAUGGACUGCUGGACAGCCGGUGGCGUCGCCUGGUUUUGAACUGACCAGCUCGGCCGACCGUCGCGAGGCGAGACAGUAUGUUGACCGUUUCGGCCCGGAUCUGCUGGUGGUCUCAUGGCCUGACGACCUCGUGCCUCCUGACCUCGUCUCGUACGGUACACCUACGGCUGCCAGACUACAUGCACUACAAUGUCACUACAAGCUCGCCAAGCUCCUUUUCGUGUCGUGGCCGACCUCGACCUUCUGCGGCGUCUCGAUCGUGGCGCUCUUCGGCACCCUCGACUUUCUUCUUCUCCCAGGGGAAUGGCCGGUGGCACUGGCGUUUGUGGCCGAUGGUGCCGGCAGGUGGCCCAGGAGGUGGUGCAAGGCGGUGGCACAUGGUGCUGCUGAGGCCCUGUGCCAGAGAGGGCGCAUGCUUGUGGCCCCCGUUGGUUUUGUUUCGGCGCCCCUGCUUCCUGAAGAGACCUUUGUGGAAGAUGACGAGGAAGUGCUGCAUGACGCGCCAAUGGUGGAAGGAGCCAGGGAUGAUGCAAGUGAAGUUUCGGAAGCCUGGCUUGAUGGUCUGGAUGUGGACCGGGGAGAUUUUCACCAACCCCGCGGCACCGCUCAGGAAUCAGUGGGCAACCAUGGCGACCUGGCACCCAACGACAACAACUCCAAUCCUGAUGGUGGGUCCCAAGGUGAGGUAGAUGGUACCCAUGGCGGCCAUGCGCCCGACAACAACAACUCCAAUCCAGAUGGUGGGUCUCCUAGCGUAGAACAGCUUCGUGAUCUUCUGUCUCGUGGUCGUCGUGAUGUUCCGAAGGAUUUGGAUCCACCAGAAGCUCAGGAGGCUGCUGUGGAGCCUGGGUCCAAGUUGGAGCGACUGCACUUGGUUCACAGGCGACUUGGGCAUCCCACCAAUGAGAACCUGGUUCGGCUGUUGCAGAUGGGGGGGGCCAGUGAUGAGCUGCUGGAUAUGGCUCGUAAUCUCAAGUGUCCUUUGUGCCAGAUGAGGAAGCAACCGAUUCGGCCUCUACCAGCUCGUCCCGGUUCCAGGCCGAUUGCUUUCAACUACGAGGUACACUUAGACCUCAAGUACAUCAAGGAUGCGGGCAAUCAGCUGUACGUGGCCCUGUCCAUGGUGGAUGCUGCGACGUGCUUUCACGCGGCUCGCCUUUUGCGUUGCCGGGACCCCUCGCACGUGGCUGCUAAGUUCAUGAGUGGUUGGCUCGGUCUCUUCGGCAUCCCCGUUGCCAUCGUGCUUGACCAGGGGGGUGAGUUUGAGACUGAGUUCAUCGCUUUGCUGGAGUCGCACAGCAUUGCCAGCAAGGUGACCGGUUCGUACGCCCCGUGGCAGAACGGCUUUUGUGAGCGCCAGGGUGCUUUGCUGGGUGUCGCUUGCGCAGCAGCUGUGGAAGCCGAUAAGGCUGAAGGGAGAGCGGCCAUGAAGGCGGCUUUGGCAUGCGCUUUGCAGGCUAAGAACUCCACUGUCAGUCGCCGCGGGCAUAGUGCUCACCAGCUGGUGUUUGGCCGACAAGCCUACCUGCCGGAAUUGUUGGACGAGGAGGUGUGGUCAGCUGCUGGUCUGGGUCAGGCUCUUUCUGUAGAAGGUGAGGUCGCCCGAAUGGCGGAGAUGCGAGCUGCAGCCCGGGUGGCUUUGCUUCACGGAGAUGUUCAUGAGAAGCUGAAGGCGGCACUUCGUCGUGCUCCAGGCGGUCAGUCCCGUGAGUUCGCUCCUGGAGAGAUGGUGUUCUUUUGGUCUCCGGCCGCCGACUUCAAGAGGCGACGCUACCGGAAGGACGCUGGGGCUUGGAGGGGCCCAGCUGUGAUCCUGAUGCCCGACGGCUCUCAGAAGUACUUUGUGUCGUGGCGGGGUAGGUGCCUGCUUGUGGCGGCUGCCAACCUGAAGGUGGCCUCCUUGGAGAGCGCUGAUGAUCAUGAUCUUCGCCUUCGUGAAGCAGAGGCGAAGCAGGACACACUGUCCAGGGCCCCGGUCUUUGUGUUCGGCGGCGGCGGAACACUCUGGGACGGCGCGUUCCACUUGCUCCUCGUCGGCGACGUGUUCCCGGAGCCAGAGGAGUCCAAUGAUGCGGGUCCUCCCCCUGCUUAUGCAGAUAGCGAGGUUUCUCCUUCGGAAAUGGACGAAGAAGAGAUGGAGAGACUCCUGGAAGUGCCUCUGGACUCCCGGGCUGCGCAAGAGGAUCGCCGGGCCCAGUUGCUUGAUGAUUUGCCUGAGCCUGUCCGAGCCUUUCACAAGAGAAAGCAGGAGCAGCACGAGCAGAACCUCGGAGACCCAGACGGCCCAGCACGAAAGAAAAUGAAGGAUGUCGCCUUUGUCAACUACGUGUUGGCUGCCAUUUCCGAGGGUGAGAUCCUGAAGACCGAUACUCUCAAGAACGAGUGGCUGGGCAGAGCCGAGGUUGACUACCUGAGCCAGCUGCUUGAUGUGCCUCUCAGUUCAGUGCGUGUCCAUCGUGCUCCCCGCAAGCGCCUGCAAGCUCCUGGGGGCAACAAGAACUGUGCCAGGCUGACUGUGAUGGUGCAGAAGGACCCCUCGACAGUGAUGGUUGCGGCGGAGUCCCCGAACGAGGAGCCAGUUGCGCGUGAGAAUACUGGACUUCGUGACGGAUCCUGCCUGGAGCCUGUCUUCGUUGAAAAGGAGGGCGCUGUGUAUCAGGCUGGAGAAGCAUCCCCGGAGGUGCUCCUGGCUGCGGCUGGCGAUCUCCAGGAGAGUGCGCUCCGAUCCGAGGCGUUCUUGCUGAGGCUGAAGGCCAACGGGAAGGAGCUCGAUCCUCGCUACUUCAGCUCCGAGGAAGCCAAGGCCUUUGAUGCGUCGGAUGCUGUAGAGUGGCAGGCCUGGGAAAAGAACAAUGUGGUUCGAAAACUCAGUGCCGAGCAAGCCCGUCGAGUCCCUUCGCACCGCAUUUUCAAGGUUCCGGCGAGAAUUGUGAGGACCAACAAGGCCGCAGUGGGGUCGGGCUUGUUACAGCCCAAAAGCAGGAUUGUUCUGCCAGGGCACAUGGAUCCUGAUGUGGGGGAGGUCAGGACAGAUUCUCCUACCACUCAAGCCACCGCUGUUCGCAUGGCGAUGACCUUGUGUGUCACUCGCCGUUGGCUGUGCUACCUCUUCGACGUCUCCACGGCGUUCCUGAGCGGGAAGGAAGUGGGCCGUGAAUUGUAUGUCCGGCCUCCUCGAGAUCUGAAGGGGACUGGGCUGAGCGAGCUAUGGUUGAUCCUUCGCAGUGCUUAUGGUCUUGCCGAAGCCCCACGGCUGUGGUACGAAAGGGCUAAGGAACUCCUCAGCGAGUGCGGUUUUGAGGAGCUCCCCUUUGCGUUGUGCACCUUUGUCUGGCGAGAUCCGAAAAGCCGUAAGGUUCUAGCAGUGCUAUGUCUUCAUGUUGAUGAUGGCAUGUUGGUGGCUGAUGUGAAGCUGAUGGACCGGCUGAAGUCAGCCAUCAACGACCGGUUCCAGAUCAAGGUGUGGAACUUGGUCCAGGAAGUUCCUUUGGACUACCUCGGCCUGAAGAUCUACAUGAAGAACGGGAUCUUCUUCAAUGACAUGACGGCCUAUGUCCUCGCGAUUCAGCCUCCUGACCUGUCGGGCCUGAAGAAGGGCCAAGUCCUGAAGGAUUCGGCGUUGAAGGCCUUCCGGCGCCUGGUGGCGCAGUUGAGAUGGCCGGCUCACCAUGUUCUGCCCGAGUUCCUUUUCGAGGUGAGUGCUUUGGCCCAGCAAGUGUCCAAGGCUACCAAGGAGGAUUUGAAGGAGGGUGUGGCACUGCUAGAGCGAUUCCACCAAGCUGCUAAAGGAGGUCGCGCAACUCUCGCCUUCCCGCCUGUUGGGGAGGAUCCUGUCUUGGUGACGUUCUUCGACGCGAGCCUCGGCAAGACUGGUAGCGCGGCGGCCCAGCGGGGCGAGGUCCACUUCAUCGCGGACAAGAAGUGCCUUCGGGAGCCUGCGUCGGCGGCGAUCUUGGAGUUCCACUCGUGCAAGAUCAGCCGCGUGGUGCGCAGCAGUAUGUCAGCCGAGUGCUGCAGCAUGGCGGCAGCAGCUGAUAAGUUGCUGUAUAACCAAAAGUUGUUCGACGCACUAUGGUUCGGCCACAUAGAGGUUGGAGCCAAUUGGCGCCGCCAGCUGCAGGUUCCUGGACAUCUUGUCACGGACGCGAAGUCUUUGUAUGAUCAUGCUCAAGGGACUUCGUUAGCUGCUGAGCGCCAGACGGCUUUGGAUAUUUUGGCGGUUCGUCAGUUGAUCCAAGAAGGUACCGUGGGCCUUCACUGGGUUCCCACCUGGCGGCAAUUUGCUGAUGGGUUAACCAAAGCCAUGGCAGACCUCCUGUUCGAUGGCUUUCGCAAGGCCCGCGUGAUUUCCUUGCGGGAGUCCGAGACGGACCGUGUUGAGGAGGAGCGGCGAGCCGGGAUUCGCCGUGGUCAGCGAGAGCGGCGAAAGGCUAGAAUGAAGGACGCUGGCCGCUGA